AUUCUUGUACUCAACGAAAUAUUUAGCUGUAAUAAGAAAAACCCAAAUCAAUUACUAAGUUGUCGUGUUUCUUACUAAUUUCCCUUAAAAUGAGGUCCUGCGUUUCCUCAUUUUUCUUACUAGUAUUGCUCCUACUUUUCUCCACCAUCGUUUACUUUACACACGCAGCCAGAUUCGACAUCAAAAACAACUGUCCUUACACCGUCUGGGCAGCCGCCACUCCCGGCGGUGGAAAGAAACUGAACACAUACGAUGUUUGGGCCAUUGACAUGAAACCGGGCACUAACGGCAGAAUAUGGGCACGAACAGGUUGUAGUUUCAAUGAGGCUGGAAACGGCACAUGCGAAACUGGGGACUGCGGAGGGGUUCUGGAGUGUGAAGGAAGUGGUGGUCAACCGCCCAACACCCUGGCCGAGUUCAGUCUUGACACUGCCAACAAGGAUUUCUUUGAUAUCUCGCUUGUGGAUGGGUUCAAUGUCCCCAUAGACUUUAGUUCCACGUCGGCGCAGUGCACACGGAGUAUCGAGUGCGUGGCCGAUAUAAACAACGAAUGCACAGCUGAGUUGAAGGUCAAAACUGGAUCAGUUGGUUGCAACAAUCCCUGCACUGUGUUUCGAACCGACGAGUAUUGUUGUACGUCUGGUCCCGAUAAUUGUAAGCCCACAAAUUUCUCGAGGUUUUUCAAGACUCGUUGCCCCGAUGCUUAUGUUUACUCUUAUGAUGAUCGGCGAAGCAGUACAUUUACAUGCCCUACUGGGACUAACUAUUCUGUUGUCUUCUGCCCUGACAUUAAGCAGAAAGCCACCGCGACCACAUCAUCAUCAUCAACGCUCGACCACAACCAGACCAUGACCACCACCGCAAGAGCCAUCCUUGAAACCCAGAACACAACCAGACCAUGACCACCAUCACUGCCGCUCAAGCACAACCAUACCAUGACAACCAUCAUUGUCGCUCACCUCAACCACCAAAAUCAACAUUCCAACCAAAAAACCCAGCAAAAGCUUCUCUGUCGCAAUCUACUGAGAGAGAGAGAGAGAGAGAGAGAGAGAGAGAGAGAGAGAGAGAGAGAGAGAGAGAGAGAGAGAGAGAGAGAGAGAGAGAGAGAGAGAGAGAGAGAGAGAGAGAGAGAAAGAAAGAACUCUACUGAGAGAGAGACAUACCUAUUAUCGAGAGAGAUAGAGAGAGAAGCGAACAGAGGAGAUGGACAGCCAGAGGAGAUGGAUGGAGGAGGGCGGCGCCGCAUGAAAAUGAGAAGGGAGAGAGAGAUCGGGUGAGGCAUAAGAAAAAAAAAAAGACAGAGGGGUUUGAAAUAUAGAGUUUAGAAUAAUAUGUAUAUAUAGUAGGGUUUUUUUUUUGUCCUUUUUUUUAAUGAGCUCAAUAGUCUAGAUUUAUAAUUGAGACCAAAGAAUUUUUUAAUAUCGGUUAUAAACCGACACUUAUACUCAUUUUGUAAGUAUAUAUUUUAAAAAUUUCAUUCGUCUCGGUUAUACUUUUAGUGUUAGUCUACUAAUCAACACUAAAAAUUAUUAUAAGUGUCAGUUAUAUAAACCGAGAAAAAAUGUUAAAAGUAGUUUUAAGUGUAUUUGUCGAACUGAAACCAAAAAUCUAUUUCGUAGUAAUAAACUUAGGGGGCGUUUGGUAUAAGGGAUUCAAAAUAAUCUGAUUAAGGGGAAUAUUAUGAAGGAGAAUAUGAUUAUCUGUAAACUUAUUACAUUGUUUGGUUAUUCAUGGCAAUAUUAAUUAGAUUACUGUUAAUUAAAUUAUAGUCUUUGGUUGAGCACAUGAAUCUUAUAUACUAUUUUAGAAUAGUGAAAUAAAAAUAAAAUAAUAAUUAUUAUAUCUCUUUCAACAUAAUUAUAAAUAAAGUAAAAUUAUUAUUUGUAAAAACAAAUAUAUUUAUUAAUAAAUAAAUUUAGUUGCAAUGUGUUUGUCCAAUUGAUGAGCCAGCAACCAAAGUUGCAACGACAAGAGAGCGAUGCGAUGUUGAAUUUUAACGAAAAAGUUGUGAUAAUUUUGUAUUGUUUGAAAGAGUAAAUAGGAAAGAUGGUGAGAAUAAUAAAAAUGGUAGAUUAAGUUGUGAUAAUUUUGUAUUGUUUGACAAAGUAAAUAGAAGAAGAUGAUGAGGAUAAUAUUAAUAACAGAUUAAAAGUGAAGUAUUAUAUAUAUAUAUUAUAAACAUCUUUUCUUAAAGCAAUUGUGUAGUGUUUAAUUUUUUUUAAGUUAUUAUUUAAAUUUUUAUUUAUAAAAAUUUAAUUAUACAUUCAAAUAACUAAUAUAAUGUUUGAAUCCCACCUUUUUUGAAUGAUCAACAUUACCCCCUUUUUAGGGUAGUUGGAAUACUAGGGUAAAAGUAUUACAUGACUCAAAAAUUUUUAAACCUCAUAACAAACAGGGUAAUCAUUGAGAUUACCUUUUCUUUCCUCACAUUAACCCAUUCCAAACAGCCCCUUAAAUGUAUAUGUAAUUACCCACUUCAGUGUGCCGUUGAACCUAAAUGUCAAUGUAAUUAUGCACUUCGCUGUGUUUUUAGUUA